AUUGGUUUGCUUUACCCUAAACGUAUUUAAGACCUAAACAAGGCAGAUGUGGGACUAUUGGGAUUUGAUUUUGUGUGGCAGCUUCCUCUUGGUACUGUUAUGGCUUCGACGUCGGUAUUGUCAAUCGAGCAGACACGGCUGGUUAAAACCGGACGGAAGGUUCGUUCUCAUCACAGGCUGUGACACAGGUUUUGGGCACGCACUAGCCAAGCGUCUGGACGAACGAGGAUGUAACGUGUUUGCUACAUGUUUGUUAGAGCAAGGCGAGGGAGCCAAGGAACUGAGACGAACUGGGACAGCACGCAUGCGCGUCAUUCCACUUGACGUCAGUUCCGACGAGAGUGUCCAAGCAUGUCUACGAAGAGUAAGAGAGGCAGAGGCAGUAGGGCAAACAGGCCUGUGGGCUGUGGUCAAUAACGCUGGGAUCAAUCUUCUGGCGGAUGUCGAGUUCUGCACGAUGGACAUGUACAAACGCGUGGCCGAGGUCAACCUGUUCGGAAUGAUCAGAGUGUGCAAGGCUUUCUUGGCGCUCAUCAGAGAAAGUAAAGGUAUAAUUGUGAACGUGACGAGCAUCAAGGGCUUGAUCUCGGACUACCACUCGUCUGCGUACGUUGUCACCAAGUACGGCGGAGAGGGGUUCUCAGACGCGCUGAGGGUGGAGAUGAAGAGGUUCGGGGUGACCGUCUGUCUCGUCGAGCCCGGCAACUUCGGCGUCUCCACUGGAAUGAUGAACAAAGACAUACACAAGAAGAACUAUGACAAGCAGUGGGAGGAAGCCCCGGACGACAUUAAACAGCUAUACGGAUACGACUACUUGGAGAAGAAACUCGAACACACUGUGUCUGUAACAGCCAACCCGUCCAUCGAGCCGGUCCUUGACGCCAUGGAAGCUGCGCUGUUUCAUCCGGACCCCGAAGUCAGAUACGUCAUUCCAGGAGGGGAUGGUCUAUUGGACAAAUACACAGUGUUUGCAACUCUUAAACAUUAUUUGCCAUACAAAAUGAUGGACUACCUUGUUGAGAAGUAUUGUUAAUAUAUAUUCGAGCUGGCAAUAAAGUAGCAGACAAACAGCCUGCUAUGAAAGAAAGGGGAACGGACCAGCACCUGCAUUCUUUACACAGUAUUCAACUGUCGAGGAUGUAAACAUGGGAGUUUUAUUACAGAGAGCAAUAAACACACUUUAAACAAAUA